AUGAUUCUGAGGUAAGUCAAAAUAUGCAUAUUUUACAUAUUUUUUUGUAAAGCAAUACGAAUCUAAUUGAACAGUGAUAUAUCCGUUUACAUAGGGAAAUCGUUGUGAUUGUAAGAGUUCUUGCAGCACUAAAAGAAAGCCUAAUGGAACCCGAGGUUGUCCGUGUAAAGGUAGAAAUGUAGUGUGUUCGGCAGAAUGUCAUUGUGGCACGCGUGCAAAACCUUGCCAAAAUAAGGGGCGACGUCCAUAUUCAAGUUGCCACGCAAAACGUCAAAUUGACGUUUUUAUGACAACACACCCACCCACCCUUGAAAACGUCAAGUGUGACGUAAUGAAUAUUUCAAAACUUAGAUUGGGUUUGAACGCUCCAACUAUCAAAGUUUUAUAUAUACCUUUUAAUAUAUCCUCUGGGUUAAUAUUAUAAACGUAUAUAAAUAUGUAGGAAACAAGAAAGACAAAAAUUCUACCAAGUAAGUUCUUUUUUAAUAUGCAAUAUUGAUAAAAUAGUGAAAAUAUAUUAACUUUUCCAUCGCGUAUUGAUACUAUUUUAAUAAAUAUUGACGGUUAUUUUUAAUAUAUAUUCUACAUAUAGCGUUGUAGUUUUGGAAAAUAUUCAUAUUGCCACGGUAAAAAUGUCACAGCACUCAGCUUUAACCCACCCACCCACGCAAAACGUCAAUUUGACGUUUUGCGUGGCAACUUGAAUAUGGACGUCGCCCCUAAGGUAAAGCAAUCUAAACUUUUAUAUGUUCACAACUUUGUUUAUAUUCCAGGAAUUAUAAUAAAUAAUUUGUCGGAUUUUGGUAUAGGGAACGGCCGAUGAAAGACAAAAACGCAAAAGAGCAGGAAAUCCAAGACAAGGUUUUCGCCUUACUCACGCGACUACAGAGUCGGAGGACAUGCAAAGGGACAAAGAACACGAAAAUGUGAAGGUAUGUACUUCACCUUAAAAUAAUAUUUAAUUAUAUAAAAAUAACAAUUGAUGAUUUCAUAUUAUUAUUACACAUAUAAUAGCAUAACCUAUACAGUAUACAAUGUCUUGGCAGGGUUUUGCAUUGAUAACAAUCUUGUUCUACUGUAUUUAUUUUAGAAAUUGAUAUCUACACUAGAUGCAAAUAUGGUGAAAAAGCUAGCUAUUUGUAGUUUACGCAGAGGUAUUGGUAGUAUGGACUACAUCGACACACUACUGAUAAUGGAGGAUGACCUCGAUGAAGUUGAUCAGGAUGCAGAAAGGUUAGGUGCAUUUGGUGAAUCAUCCAAUGACAAUCCAUUGAACUCUGCUAUAGACCCUUCUCAGAGUCAGAGCCCUUCUCAAUCACAAGACCCAAAUCCAACACCCGAACCCACACUUGAAUCAGUGCCAGAUUGGUGCACAUGUGGCAAAUGCAGACCAAUGCCACAAGAGGUUGAAAAUAAAUGUUGUAGGCAAAAGAAAUGCAUAACCUUAACUUCUCGUUUUGCAAAAUUAUGCCUUGAUCCAGAUGUGCUGGAGCUUUGUAUCCGCAAUAGGAGUGACAUCCGUAACGAUAGAGAGGACAACAGCACAAGAGCAUUUCGCAAAGCUGGUUAUAGACAGUUUAUUCUAGCACGCCAUGGCUUUGUAGGCAAAGGGAAUAGACGAAUUUGUCCAUCCUGUGUGGUUUUAAAAAUUAGAGAACAGUACCCAUCAGUUACUGGUGUUUACAUGGGAUAUAGAGACCAUUAA